AAUUUUUAUACAAAAUCAAAAUUCAUGUUUUGGUUUUAUCUUGCUGCUAAAACUGUGUUUAUAAACAGCAUCAACAGGACAGCGACCUAUAUCUUUACAAUGUAGAUUGUAGACAGCAUCUGGUUAUAUUUUAAAAAUAACAUUUAAAAACUUCUGCUUUGAUGUCUAUAUACCUUCGUAUUUAUUGUUGUUUGCUUUUUUAUUUAUACUAGUUUUCUGUCGAGUGUCGAUAUUAUGUCACGAAGAAACCAUUAUUACAAUAAUUACGGUAAUUUCUCCCAACACGAACAGUAUCCAAACUAUCACUAUGGUGCGUAUCAAACAGAACCCUACGAGAACGAUGGUAACAACUAUUAUACUAAUGGAAAUAUUACAAGAAGAACAAAUAGUAAUGCAUUCCGAAAUUGGCAAUACCAGAACCAAAAUUAUGGUGGAUUUGCAACUUAUGAUAAUAAUAUGCAAUAUAGUAACUGGGAAUAUAGAAAUUAUAUGAACCAUGCAAACCAAUGGGACAGAAGAAAUAGAAUUUCUAAUGAUAACACCAACUUAAGAAGUAAUAAUUAUAGCCACAACAGCAGUCCAAACUUCCCCAGUGAUAGAAAGUUUGUUAGUAAAUUUUCAAACAAUAAUUCCAGCCAAGCAAAAAAAUCUGCUGGUGUAUUUUCUAAUAAUAAUUCCAAUCAAGCAAAACAAUCUGCUGGUGUAUUUUCAAAUAAUAAUUCCAACCAAACAAAACAAUCUGCUGGUAUAUUUUCAAAUAGUAAUUCCAACGAAGCAAAACAAUCUGCUGGUGUACAUGAUAAAGAUAGUAUAAAAAAUACAAUAUGCCGUGAAGUUGAUAAAAAUUUGGAGAAUAUAGAAAGACCAACAACAAGAAUUAUAUCUAAGAAGAGUCUUAGUGAAGGGACUGAAAAUCCAAAAUAUGAGCAAACAGAGCCUUACAGUUACACAGAUUAUUGGUUGAAAGGAAGAGAGGGUGAUGUUAAAUCACCAUUAGUUGAGGAGUUUGAGGAACCAGAAGAUCCAUGUUAUGUGUUAGAAACAAGACAGAGAAAAAAAUUUAAAAAUACAACAAACAAAAAACAAAAUAAAGAAUUAAAAGCAACUAAAUUUGAAAAAAAGGCUAAAAAAAUUUUCACUACACCUGUUGAAAUGAGUAAAGGUAAAAGUUUACUUGAGAAGAUGGGGUGGAAAGGUGGAGGUUUGGGCAAAGAUGGGUCAGGAAUUGUGGAGCCUGUUACACCUAACAUGAGCUAUGUUGGAGCUACUCUGGGCCUUGGACAAGCGACUGAAGAAGAUGAUGACCUACAUUUUACAGACCGCACAUAUUUGAGGACACUCAAGGUUAUUUUGGAGUUUGUAAAAAAUGAUCUAGAAAAUGAAUUGAAAUUCGAUACCAGAUUGACACCAAUGGAGCGAAAACGUAUUCAUAGAACAGUACAAGAGAUGAGAGAUGGCGUCGAAAAAUUUCCAGAACCAUACAAAUCUGUGAUCAGAGAUAUUUGUUACCACAAUCACUAUGAACUUUAUACCGAGAGUGAAGGAUUCAAGAAAUCGAGGCAUCUCAACUUGUACAAAGAGCCAAAUGACCAUAUGUAUAUAGUAGUUCCGGAAGAUUUAAAUGAAGAAGAAAAUGUCAAUGUAGCUUGUAAGAAAACGAAAAAUACAAAAAGUAAUAAUGGCACAGGAACUGCCGAAAGUGACAUUAUAAGUGCAGAAAAUGAAGUUAAAGAGAAUAACGUUUCUACUGAAGAUAACAGUGAUGUAGUCACUACUCAAUUUAUUGAGCAAAAUGUUAUAAGCAUCGAAGAAGAAAAUAAUGUUAGUCUAAUAGGAACUGAAACAAAAGUUCUAGAAAAUAAUGAAGCGAUUAAUCAUGAAAAUAUUUUUUUUGUAAAAGUUGAUAAUACAGAUAAUGAAGUACUUGAUAAGGAUUGUCAAAAAAAUAUAUAUACCUCUAAUGAAGAACAAAUUCAAACACAUUUACAAGAUACCUGUGAUAUAAAAAACGAAUUGAGUGGCCAGGAAAAUGAUAAAGUCAGUAAUCAAGAAAAAAACUCAUAUACAGAAAAUGAUGUACCUAAUAAAAAUAGUCACGAAUACUCAUUAAAAGUAACUGAAAAUCUCCAAGGAAGCGUACACAGUGUUCCUAAAAUUGAGAGUAAUUCUAACAUCGAUAAAAACAGUACCGCAGUAAAACCCGACACGAAAAAUAUAACUAAAAAGCAGAUAGCAAGACUAAAUGCUGAAAAAAAGAAAAAAGAAAAGAAAAUAAAAGCAAAACAUAUUGUAAUACAUAUUGAAAAAAAGGAAAAUAAUAAAAGAGAAGAUAAUGAAAUCUUAGAUACUAUCAUAAAGUAUUUUGUAGAGUAUACUCAAGAUCCACUAGUAACAGAAUUUAGAUUUCUGGGUCCUUUUGAUUACAAAGAGAGAAAAGCUAUUGACACGUUUUUCAAAGUUUGUAAAGGGAUACAUAACAUUGAUAGAAGCCGGGAAGUUCUAGACCUCUUCGAUUGUAAAGAGUUCUAUCUAGAAGUAAGACAAGAUAACAAUGGAAGCGAUGUAAUCUUUAAAAUCUCGAAGGAAAGGGAUUCUUCUGUCAACAAAUAGGUAGAAUCGUAAUGAAUGUUUAAAUGAAGUUAAUCUUAGUUGUUUUACCUACGAAAUUCUGAUUUCACUGAGAAACUUUUUUGCAUGUUAAGAUAGGUAUAUGUAACACUGUUCCUAGAUAAGGUAAGCUAAAUAUUUUAUAGCAAUAGAUAAUAAUAAUUACAGUGCUCCCAAAGUGACAAUGCGCACAGAAAUGUUCGUCAUUGUUCGGCAACGGUCGUAUUUCCCGAGCGUCGGAAGACGAUAUGUAUAUAGAGUGGUUAAUUGCGUUUAAGAUAUUAGUCAAAGUUUGUCUUGAUUGGCUUUAUUUAAAAAAUAAAGGAACAUAUUAAAUACAAUUUGCCUAGCUUGUGACUUAAGCGCCUUCACAUGUUAAAGUAUCCAUUCUGGAAGAAUUCUUCUGAAAGAAAAUGGUAUCAGCGGUGUUAGGCAUAUUUUUUAUUUAUUUGUUGUAUUUCUGCAUGAAGUAUUGAUACUAAUUUCCUAUUUUAUACAAAAUUUUAUUAUUUAAAUUUGAA